AUAGAAUCCGAUAUUCAAGAUAAAAUCCCCAUCACGAGAGGCGGUAAUGGACGUUUCGGAAGUCUCCAGAGACCAAAUCUCCCCCAACUUAUAAAAGCCCUCUACUUUCUUGAUUUCCUCAAAUCAUUCAAGUUUUCCGAUUUCUCUCCAUCUAUUCUUACACGGAAGAUAGCAGCCGUCGAACGGAAGCAGGAAUUGUUUCGCGAAUUUCUUUCUGCUGCGGUAGUGAUUGAAAGUUUUUUUUGCGUGUCUCGGUGGAUUUUGUUCGCGAUUGAAUUGAAUUAGUAUUGGUGAGUGGUGACUGACUUAGGUUCUGUUUUUGUAAAGCAUAUAGAACGUGGUCAUUAAUCUGGUAAUUCCCUGCUUAUUAUCCUGUGUUUCUUCAAUCGGUUUAUUUGUCCUCCAUCUGACUUUAGUUGAUUUGAAGUUGUGUGCUUUUGGUCACUGCAUUUAGCCAGGAUUUCCGACUGUUUUUUAUUUGGUAAAACUACGUUGCUCGUCUUCCAUUUUUAGUCCAAAAAGUGGAUAGCUUUUCUAGACGGAGGGUACUAGUUUACUAUCUACAGGAACAACAUCUACUGGUUUUCUUGCUAAUGCAUACAGAACGCAAAGGAAACCCUUAACGUGAUGGCCUUAAUUUAUGCAAUGAUUACAUCUGAUCCAUUUCUGGCUUCUGGCUUCGCCUUUCUACAUAGAAUCUAAUUCGCAUGAAUCUCCUUCCCAGUUUGUAAUAAAUACGAUGACUUAUCUUUCUUCUUUUGUGCAUGCCAUUUAGCUGUGUGUUAGCAAGCUUAGUUUCUAAGAAUUAUUUUUCCUGUUUACUUAAUUGUGUCAUCCAAAAGGGUCUUAGGUUUUACAUGACCUGUUUUUGUGCUACACACUGAAUGAUGUGUGAGGUGGGGUCUAAAUAGCAUUCAAGUAGCUUGGUGAUGUGGUGUGCGGAGAUAGCUAACUUAAUGAUAGAAGAUUAGAUCCUGUUAUGAUUAGAUUAUGGAAAUUGGUGUGAUAGAAGUAGGUUGCAACAAAACUGGAGUAGGAAGACAUAAAUCUGUGUGUCAUUUCAACAAACAUGGAGACAGUUUCUCCCUCUUCUAACAUAGUGAGAACCACCUGCAGCUGAAAUCUGAUAUGCUAAGUGUCAUUAGGCAGUGAUAGUUAGGUUCUUACUUCUCAGACUCUCUAAUUUGUUAAUUAACAAAAACAAUCUAUGUCGACUCCAAAGCUCCCUCUAUUUACUAACUCAAGCAUUCCCUCCCAAAUCCUCUUUCCCUGUGUCAAGUUCAUGUGUUGCAGUCCAUCCAGUCAGACUUGAAAGCCAAUGGUUCUUCAUGUUUGGUAAGCCUUAAAGUAUGGGUGGGAUUACUUUUAAGUUGUGAUGGUUUUUUCCUGAAGAAGAUUUGGUGCAGAACUGCUGUUGAGGUAGGCUUGUCCUUGAUGGGCAGGACCAUUAACUCGAUAUGUGCAUCACUAGUCCUUUCUCCCUGUCUUUUUUGUUUUCUUUUUUCUUUUUGAGGACGUACUUGAUUUUGUGAUCUAUUGCUUUUACCUUAGGUUAUGCCACCUUUUAGUGGUAUCUUAAUUAAAUGGAUGUGGGCUUCAAGAAUCAAGAAACCAUGCUGUGGCCUCAGUUCCUGGAAGCUUGGACUUUCUCACUGCUGAAAUGUAGUUAUAUUGUUAUAUAACCUAUUUGUUGCAGCUUGGAUUAUGUUGUUGCUGAUUUCAACUGAUGUGCUGCAGUGUGAGAGAAAGCCUCAUCAUCAUUGGGAUUUUACCCGAUGAUGGACAACUAGAUCUGCCUUGUGCAAAAUUAGGGAUUUUUUUUGCUUAAUGUGUCUCUGAAUGCAGGUGCUUGCUUUCAACCCUUGUAGUUGUUAUUAGAGUCUCCAUGGAGGUGCAAGCUACUCUUCCCACAAUCCAAGACACCAAUGCAAAAGAACCAAACUCAUGCAAUCAUCCUGUUCUUAAUUAUGGAUGCUCUCACUACCGUAGACGUUGCAGGAUAAGAGCCCCUUGUUGUAAUGAGAUAUUUGAUUGUCGCCAUUGUCAUAAUGAGGCAAAGAAUGACAUUAAUGUUGAUCAAAAAGAGAGACACACAAUCCCUCGCCAUCAGAUCCAACAGGUUAUAUGCACCCUUUGUGGCACUGAACAAGAGGUGCGACAAAUGUGUGUCAACUGUGGUGUAUGCAUGGGAAAUUACUUUUGUAAGGCAUGCAAGCUUUUUGAUGAUGACGUAUCCAAGCAACAAUAUCAUUGUGAUGGUUGUGGUAUUUGCAGAAUCGGUGGGCGAGAGAACUUUUUUCACUGUGACAAAUGCCGAUGCUGCUACUCAAAUUUUCUGAGAGACAGUCACCCGUGUGUUGAAGGAGCAAUGCACCAUGAUUGCCCUGUAUGCUUUGAGUUUCUGUUUGAUUCGAUAGAUGAUGUGACAGUCAUGCCAUGUGGACAUACCAUUCAUAAGAACUGUUUAAAGGAAAUGCAGCAACACUAUCAAUAUGCUUGCCCUUUAUGUUUUAAGUCGGUCUGUGAUAUGUCAAAAGUUUGGGAAAAACUUGACAUGGAAGUUGCAGCUACACCAAUGCCUGAAUUCUAUCAAAACAAACUGAUAUGGAUAUUAUGCAAUGACUGUGGGACCAAUUCCAAAGUGGCAUUUCAUGUUGUGGCUGUUAAGUGCCCCAAUUGCAAAUCCUACAACACCCGCCAAACUGGAGGCUGAGCUUCUCUAUUCUGUUGGGAUUUUGUUGUGUUAUGAUGUUAGUUGUCCAUUGUUGAGGGUUUAUAUGGUGAUAUAUAUAGUUGGACGAUGUAACUUUUUCUUCCUCAUUUCAUAAAUCAUUAUUUACGGGUAA